AUGUCUGUUCAAAUAUCCUCCUCCAACGACUACUAUGGCUAAUCUAUCCCUCCAUGUAAAUAAGCAAUCCAUUACACAAUUAGAAUAGGUUACUCCAGAUCAAGAAAUUCUUGAAGCCCUACUAUCCAGAAAACCAUUUUAUGAAUCUCUAUUCAAUAGUUUAGUCAAAAUGGGCCUACCAGUCCUUUCUAUUACUCCAAAUCAAACAUUAAUUGAUUCUAUCAAUAAUGGCCUAUUCGAUAUUCCAUAACUUCAAAGACUCAUUUCUAUUAAAUUAGAGGGUCAACCAAUAUCUUAUCAUCGUUGCAAAUUAGCUCACUCCUGUAAGAACUUCAUCACUGAAUGUCUCAACUCCAAUUAAUAAAUUGAAUUAGAACAUAUGCUAGGUUUAAUCAAAAAGACCACUUAUCCUAUUACUUUUGCUCAAAUUAAAAGGUUAGAUUAUACAUAAUUAACAUAUGAACAAGAAUUCAAUUAUGCCCUCUUUCUUAAAUUACUUAAUAUCAAUCAUGUUGAACCAUUAUCAAGCAAUCUUACAUUUAAUACAACAGAGAUAAGUGGAUAUUAUGAAAUCAAAAAUAUUUAAGAUUUAAGAGAUCAUGAAUAAAUUGAAACAUUUUUAGCUGUCAGAAAAAUGAGACAUUAAAUUUAUUAAAUUAUUCAUGCUAUUGCUGAAAUUUUAGAUUCACUUGAAUCUUUGAAUAUAACUAGAAUUGAAGAUGCAUUUCUAAAAUAUAUUAAUAUCAAAGCAUCCUUGUAAUUUCCAUUUACUAAAUCUAUUAAUUAAGAAUUCAUAGAAAAGUAUAUUUCUGAAGAUCUCAUUACAGAUGAAUCAGCUCAGACAUUUAAUAAAGUCUCUUUUGCUUAAUCAAUAAAUGAUCAUUCCAAAAAUUAAGAUUAAAGUACAAAAAGUAUUCUUUAUUUUCAAUAUAGUAGAAAUAAAUAAAAUACCUAAAGAAGAUAAUUUACUAAAAUCAAAAAGAGAAAAUAAAGAAUAUACCAAAAUUAAAAUAAAAAAUGAUAAUCUUUCAAAAUUUAUGAGAAAAUCAACAAAAAAUAAUAUGAAAAAAUCUCAUUAAGAACUUUCAUUAAAAUGGGAUCAAGAGAGAUAAUCUGAAUUUGAAAAGUAAAUCUUUCAUUUAGAUUAAAUUAAUGUAUUAAAUUUCUCUGAAUUAUCAAACUAAUUGUUCAAUGAUGAUAUUUCUACUAAACCUAAAAAACCUUUAUAAUUUAUUAAAAGAAAAGUUCAUUUUGAUGUUUUUGAUUCUUGUAGAUACUAUAAUGGAAAACUUAUUGGGUAUAAGUAAGUCAAUCCAAGAUAACCUUUCCAUCAAUAUUCAUUCAUUGAAUAUGAAUUAGAUUCAGAAGAAGAAAUAGCCGAAGAUGUUUAUUCUGAAGAAAGAUCUGUUGAUAUGACAUCUUCUGAUUCUUUAUAAGAAUUUAUUGAAUUGGAUUAAAAAUAAUCAUUUAUUUAAAAUGAAGAACCCUUUACAUUAAUUUGUGAUUAAACAAACUUUGAAUAAUUUUAAAAUUACAAAGCCAUUAUAUUAUCAGAUAUCAUACCAAUUUUUGAAUUUGAUACUAAAAUUAAUCAAAAUGCUAAAAAUUUAAGCAAAAGUGUACAUUUAUAAAACAGAAAUGAUUAAAUAAUCAAAGCUUUAGAAANUUACUUUUGCUCAAAUUAAAAGGUUAGAUUAUACAUAAUUAACAUAUGAACAAGAAUUCAAUUAUGCCCUCUUUCUUAAAUUACUUAAUAUCAAUCAUGUUGAACCAUUAUCAAGCAAUCUUACAUUUAAUACAACAGAGAUAAGUGGAUAUUAUGAAAUCAAAAAUAUUUAAGAUUUAAGAGAUCAUGAAUAAAUUGAAACAUUUUUAGCUGUCAGAAAAAUGAGACAUUAAAUUUAUUAAAUUAUUCAUGCUAUUGCUGAAAUUUUAGAUUCACUUGAAUCUUUGAAUAUAACUAGAAUUGAAGAUGCAUUUCUAAAAUAUAUUAAUAUCAAAGCAUCCUUGUAAUUUCCAUUUACUAAAUCUAUUAAUUAAGAAUUCAUAGAAAAGUAUAUUUCUGAAGAUCUCAUUACAGAUGAAUCAGCUCAGACAUUUAAUAAAGUCUCUUUUGCUUAAUCAAUAAAUGAUCAUUCCAAAAAUUAAGAUUAAAGUACAAAAAGUAUUCUUUAUUUUCAAUAUAGUAGAAAUAAAUAAAAUACCUAAAGAAGAUAAUUUACUAAAAUCAAAAAGAGAAAAUAAAGAAUAUACCAAAAUUAAAAUAAAAAAUGAUAAUCUUUCAAAAUUUAUGAGAAAAUCAACAAAAAAUAAUAUGAAAAAAUCUCAUUAAGAACUUUCAUUAAAAUGGGAUCAAGAGAGAUAAUCUGAAUUUGAAAAGUAAAUCUUUCAUUUAGAUUAAAUUAAUGUAUUAAAUUUCUCUGAAUUAUCAAACUAAUUGUUCAAUGAUGAUAUUUCUACUAAACCUAAAAAACCUUUAUAAUUUAUUAAAAGAAAAGUUCAUUUUGAUGUUUUUGAUUCUUGUAGAUACUAUAAUGGAAAACUUAUUGGGUAUAAGUAAGUCAAUCCAAGAUAACCUUUCCAUCAAUAUUCAUUCAUUGAAUAUGAAUUAGAUUCAGAAGAAGAAAUAGCCGAAGAUGUUUAUUCUGAAGAAAGAUCUGUUGAUAUGACAUCUUCUGAUUCUUUAUAAGAAUUUAUUGAAUUGGAUUAAAAAUAAUCAUUUAUUUAAAAUGAAGAACCCUUUACAUUAAUUUGUGAUUAAACAAACUUUGAAUAAUUUUAAAAUUACAAAGCCAUUAUAUUAUCAGAUAUCAUACCAAUUUUUGAAUUUGAUACUAAAAUUAAUCAAAAUGCUAAAAAUUUAAGCAAAAGUGUACAUUUAUAAAACAGAAAUGAUUAAAUAAUCAAAGCUUUAGAAAAUAUUAUGACUCCAAUAACAAAUCAGUGUCUAUAAAUUUAGGAUACAGAAUUCUUUAUAAUACCUUAAUCAGUUGAAAAACAAUGA